GCUGUCCAUUCGAUACUGUAGCGUCGUGGGAACGUCAUUAACUUGACUAAACCCGCGCCUGGCUGUACAUGCAGUUUCUGAUUGGCCAAACCGAAUUUCACAGGCCAUUAUGUAGCGAAUUACGUCCUGAAAGUGACGGCGAGCUCGAGGCCAGCGAGGAUAUCUUCCUCGGCCCGCACCUUCUUCACAGCUGGCACCGUCGACGAUGCCCCCCUCGCCCAAAACGCCCUCCGCGGCCGAGCUGCUCGACGCCGACGACGGCGCCGGCGCGAAACACAAAAGGGAGCAGCAGCAAGUUGUCUGGGGCAAGACCCCUGGCGGCGAAGUGUUUCGCGUCCCAACGACGCACGACGUGCUCACGCUCUUCCACCCGGCGUACCCGAAGUCGCACCUAGACCUGCUCAACCUCUUCCUGCUCGGGUCGCAGAUCGCGCUCUUCUUCUGGCUGCCGACCUCCGUGCGCAAGCCGUUCUUCCUCGUAUACUUUGCGUUCUGGCGCGCUGCGUAUGACGCCGGACUCGGAUGGGUGCUCACCAAGCAGAGCAAGCGCAAGUGGAUCGUGAAGGAGGUGCAAAGGAGGGGAUGGCUGGACGAGAAGCGUCGCCCUGAGGUCAGGGCGUGGAUCCGCAAGCAGCUACAGGGCAAGAUGGGCGGGGACUACUCCUUCGAUGAACUUCCUCUCGAGUACAACACAUGGCUCUUGUUCCGCCAAAUGGUAGACAUUAUCCUCCUCAAUGACUUCGUUGCCUACUGCAUGUUCGCCUUCGCCUGCUUCCGCGUUCCGAACGGUCUCUCGAUCGGGGUGCACAUCAUGAGAUGGAUCGGCGGCUUCGCGCUGAUCGCGUUCAACCUGUGGGUCAAAACCGAAGCGCAUCACGUCGUCAAGGACUAUGGCUGGUACUGGGGUGACGUGUUCUUCCAGCGUGGUGGCUUGACAUUCGACGGCGUGUUCGAGCUCGCCCCGCACCCGAUGUAUUCCGUCGGCUAUGCGGGAUAUUACGGCCUCUCCCUCAUCGUCGGGAGCUACCCCGUGCUUUUCGUCAGUCUGCUCGCUCACGCCGCCCAGUUCGGCUUCCUCGUCUUCUUCGAGAAUCCUCACAUCGAGCGCACGUACGGUCAGAAAAAGCCGAUUGCACAGCGCAUCCCGCUCGUCACUGUUUCCUCCCGGCGCAGCGACAGCGUUUCCGAGUCGUCGCGCGCGUCUCCGAUUGCCGUCAGCGCUCAAUCGUCGCGCGGGCUCUCGGACGCCACUACACCCUCCCAGACUGAAGGCGAAACCGCGACAGAGACGGAGCUCGAGACUGAGACGGAGACGGAGUAUGAGGAUCAGCACGUCGCCAUUCGCAGGGUACCGCAACAGCACAGGGUCGUUGCGUCCAGCAGACCUCGGUCCCCGCCGCUGUCGCAACACGACCUGCUCAACCGGUACUUCCGGAAGGACACGAUAUUCUUGCAUAACUUCGACCUCCUGCGAGCAUCGGACUUCAAGCUCCUGUUGAUCAUCGCUUACGCGUUGGGCUCUGUCCUAACCUCUCCACUCACAGGAAAGAGCGUCUUGGUGCUGAAUGCCGUCUAUGCCCUCAUCUGGACGCUCUUCCACUCGUUUGGUCUCGGCCUUCUGCUUCGCGCCCAGUCGCAAAGCAAAUUCCUCGUGCGGCAUUACCUUAAGCAUUACCACUACCCUUCUGGGGACGGCGGGCUCGGCGCUAUCCAGGAAGCGUUUACCAACUGGAAAUCGAUCUACAACCUGAGCUGCUGCAUGACGUACGUGUCGUUUGCUGGCCUUGCGUGGAGGACGUACGCUAUUCCAGUCGACUGGACUGUCGGCGAUGAGCUGCUCAGGCAUACUAUGGGUGCCCUCCUGAUUGGACUCAACAUUUGGGCCCUCCGAGAAUCUUACGAAGUGCUUGGCGUAUUCGGAUGGUUCUUCGGCGAUUUCUUCAUCGAGGACUUCCCUUCCCAGCUCGAAUACACGGGCAUUUACCGCUACCUCAACAACCCUGAAAUCCUGAGCGGCGCAGCUUUUUACGGGCUGGCUUUGAUCAGUGGCAGCAAAGUUGUCUUCGCUCUGGCCGUCGUUCGCACGCUAUCGCAUUGGUGGUUCCUCCGUUGUGUCGAAAACCCGCACAUGCGCAAGCUCUACGGCGAUAGCCUAAGGCCCGAGGCUGGAUUCGCCAAGGUUAUCCGGAACGUUGCGUCGCGGAACGCUGCACGUUUGCUCGACUCCAGGGCUGGCAAGCAUGGCCCUGAGAUUCGCCGUGUGGCUAAGGAGGUCAAGGGGACGUUCGACAAGGUUUACGAGGAAACUGCCGAGGUGCUUGAGGAGUUCCUUGCCAAGUCGAGGCCCAGGAUCUCGGAGGUAAUGCAGGAUACGAAAAUCUUGCUACAGCAAUCGAGAGAGCGGCUGGUCAUCACACGUGUUUCUCGGGAUCUGGCUGCGCACGAUCGCAACAAGUACAAGGUAUCCAUCGUGCCGUCGAGCCCCGACAAUCGUCUGCGCUUCCAUCUGGGGGAACCGAUCAAGGUCAAAUGGGAAGCUCCUGUUACACAUUCUCGCCGAGACUGGAUAGGCAUCUAUCGCGUGGGAGCCAACCAAUCGAAACUCGUCACGAAAACGUCGUCUCUCGGGAUGUGGGUUCCUGUGCACGACGAGGAAUGGGACGGGGACGUGUUUAUUGGCCCCCACCGGCGCUCAGGAUCCACAUCGCCUAAUAAGGAGACGGAGAAAGGUUACGUCGUCUUCAAGGGAGGGGCGCUGCCGUGGCAGGUCGGACAAUACGAGAUGCGAUACCACCACGACGGCAAAUACAAUGUCAUGAGCAUAGACGGUCCAUUCGAAGUAUAUGUCGACGCACCAAAGGUCCUCGACUUUCAGAACGUCCGGAGCUGCCUCAUGCGCAUCGUGACACUCUGCUUGGACUCGGACCCGUCCCUGAUACCACUCUCUUGCAAGACUGGAGAAAGUCGACAAGAAGACACCGCCGACUCCGAUCAAGAGGUGCGGGAUCAGGACGACUUCCGCUUUUGGUCUGAACGGCAGGCGAAACGGAUUUCCUCGGCGAUCAAGCAGGCGUUUGAUGUCGAGUACGCGCCCGAGGUCAUCGUCGCCGAUGCGAACGUAUCUUCGUUGGCAAACCGUAUAUUGGUCUCCAAAGAGAUUCUGUCCCCGCAGUAAUGUUAUUGCGCAGUUUCUCUAGCUCUCCGAUGUUGCUCGCAACGUAUAACCGUAUACCUUUGACGAUGCUAAUGAUUCAAACAUGAC